CACUGUGCAUUUCAGGAAGCAAGACCAGACCUCAGAAGUCCCCAUUGACUAAGCACUGCCUCUUCAGCAUUUGGGAGCUCACAGAGCUACAGACACAAUGAAACCAAAGUUCAACAUUUGGUUGGCUCUUCUGUCUUCCCUCUUAUCCACUUGCAUUGCAUAUGUUGCCAACCAGGAUAACUGUUGCAUCCUAGAUGAACGAUUUGGCAGCUUUUGCCCCACAACAUGUGGCAUUGCAGAUUUCUUGAACAGAUAUCAACCUGAGGUGGAUCGGGAUCUCCAAGUACUUGAACACGCCUUGCAGGACAUCUCUAAUUCUUCAGAUAUAACAGAACAUUUGAUACGUCAAAUAAAACAAGUGCAAAGCCCAGGCCCCUCCACUCAAGCAAAUGUUAUUCCAGGUUAUACUCAAAAGUCAAGGGAAAUCAUUGAUGAAAUCAUCAGAUAUGAAAACAUUAUUGUGGGCCAUGAAAAUACAAUACAACAACUGACAGAUAUAAUGAUAUCAAACAAUAACAAGAUCCUACAGUUAAAGCAGAAGACGGCUCAGCUUGAGGCACAGUGUCAGCAGCCAUGUAGAGACACUGUCCAAAUACAGGAAUUAACUGGAAAAGAUUGCCAGGACAUUGCAAACAAAGGUGGCAGGCAAAGCGGUCUCUACUUCAUCAAACCUCAGAAAGUCAAGGAACAAUUCUUGGUGUAUUGCGAAAUUGAUACACUGGGUAAUGGUUGGACAGUUUUCCAGAGGAGGCUUGAUGGUAGUGAAGAUUUUAGGAGAAACUGGAUUCAGUACAGAGAAGGAUUUGGACACCUGUCACCAAAUGACCAGACAGAAUUCUGGUUGGGAAAUGAAAAAAUUCAUUUAAUAACCACUCAAUCUACUAUUCCUUAUGUCUUGCGAAUAGAGCUGGAGGAUUGGAGUGGCCAAAAAAGCUAUGCAGAUUAUGCCCACUUCAAAGUGGGAAGUGAAUUAGACAAGUAUCGUCUGACCUAUGCCUUCUUUAUUGGCGGUGAUGCCGGGGAUGCCUUUGAUGGUUUUGAUUUUGGAGAUGAUCCAAGUGACAAAUUCUUUACCUCCCACAAUGGCAUGCAGUUCAGCACAUAUGACAAUGACAACGAUAGAUUUAGUGAGAACUGUGCUGAACAGGACGGAUCUGGAUGGUGGAUGAACAAAUGUCAUGCAGCUCACCUCAAUGGCAAAUAUUAUCAAGGUGGUACUUACACUGAGAAAGAUGCGGGUCCAGGUGGACAUGACAACGGUAUUACGUGGGUAACCUGGCGUUCUCGGUGGUAUUCCAUGAAGAAAACAGUGAUGAAAAUCAUUCCAUACAGUCGGCUUUCAAUAGUAUCAGGACAGCAAACUGGAGGAGUCAAAGAGGUUGGACUAGGAGGCCGUGGAGACAUUUAAAAAGAUAACAAGAUAUGACAAAAUCUACUGUAAAUUUAGUCAAAGGCCAUUCUGUAUUUGAACAAUGUUUGAAUAUCACACAAGUCUCUUCUGGAAACUGUUCUCAGAACUAUGAGACCUUUCUACCUGAACAAGUAGAAAAUUAUUAUACAAGUUAUUAUACUA